UGGAGCAUGUUCACCAUUGAAGCAGGCGGGAUGGACAACAACAGUUUUCUCACCAUGAUCUACAUGACCCGCAUCCUCAUGUACUCCAAUCAUGCAAUCAAUCCUUUUGUUUACAACUUUGUUUCCAGAAAAUUCCGUCGCGCACUGCUCUGGCUAUGCUGCGAGAGACGACGGAGAAACGCGAGACUUGAGGAGUGGAAGGACUUGGUCAACAACAGACAGCCAAUCAGGAUGGACUCGAUCCGCCAACAGCGCCAGAGCACAGCAGCACGCCUGUACGACAUCGACAACAACAUCCGCGACAAGGAGCGGGAGGAGCAGGAGGCCAUGGACAGACAGAGCCACUUCCAGCGGAACGACUUCCUCGUGCUGUACGAGCAUCUGCUGCUCGAGUGACUAGCGAACCGGUCUAGACAGUGGGGUUCUAA